AUGAAAAUAAUUUAUCCUUAUUAUUUUAUAUUUUUUUUUUUUAUAAUUUUAUGUGUAAUAGAUAAAGUAUCAUCAAAAGCAAGAUCGAAUAAUUAUCAAAAUAAAGAAAAAAAAGAUGAUAAUAAAAAUCAUGUAAAUUCUUUGAAUAAUUUAAAUAAUUAUGAUAAUUAUGAAAAUGAAGAUAUAUUAAAUAUAAAAAAUAAAAAAAGAAAAGGAAAGAGUAAAAGUAUAGAAGAUAAUUUAAGUGAAUUUAUUAAUGAAACAAAAGAUAAUUCAGAAGAUAGUUUUAAUGAAGAAUAUAACAAAUUAGAAAAAGAAUUUCAAUAUAAUUUAAAUGAAAAUGAAAGUAAAUCAAAUUUUGAAGAAAAUAAUUUAAAUGAAGAAUAUGAUAAAAUGAAACCAAAUAUGGAAGAUUUUCAUUACAAUGAUAAUGAUGAAGAUAUGGAUGAGGAGGAUUUAACAAACAUAUGGAAUAAAAAUAUGCAAAAUUUUGAACCAUCUACUUCAUUAACUUUUGAAAUAGCUAGUAAUUCAGAAGAAUAUUUAUUUGAAGAAAUAAAUAUGGAAAAUACCUAUUUUAGAGGAGUUUUUUAUUCUAAUAAUGAAUCUGAUGAUAAUAUUAUCGAAUUUUUUAUAUCGGAUCCUGAUGGUAAUGUUGUAUAUAAAAAAGAAGCUAGCGAAGGAAUUUUUUUUUUUUAUACAAAAAAAAUUGGCAUAUAUACUAUAACACUAAAAAAUAGUAAGUGGGUGGGAAAAAAGUUAACAACUGUUGCAUUAGGUUUAGGUGAAAACCCAUCUUUAAGUUCUGAUCAUGUAAAAGAUUUUACAAAUUAUAUACAAGAAAUUGUACAUAGAACAAAAAAAUUAAAAAAUGAAAUAAAAUAUUUGUCAUCUAAACAUAUGAUACAUAUAGAAAAAAUGAAGAGAAUUACAAAUAAAGCUUUUAUUUAUUGUUUUAUUAAAUUAUUUGUACUUAUUUUUUUGUCUCUUUUUACCAUUUAUUAUAUUAAAAAUUUAGUAUCUAAUAAGCGAGUUCUUUAA